AACAUGUAUAUAGAUUAUUCCUUUUUCUACAAUUCAUUUCCUGUUUCUUAGAAAGUUUUCUUUUCUUUUUUUUUUACAUUAUUAUUUAUGAAAAAAUAUUACCUAUGAGCGACAAAGUUAGUUAAAUGAACAAUUUUUGCCAGUUUACUAAACUGCUAAUGAAGAGCAGAUUCUGAUCAUUUCCUUGUGACUUAAACUAACGUAAUUAACAAAAAAUUUGUUAAAAUGCAGUGUAAUGCAUAGGAUCGCCUGCUCGUAUCCGAUGAUAUAUGCGUACAAGAUAUUUGCAUUCAGACACUUUUACACAAUGUACAAAAUGAAAUUUACCACACAAUUAAUCUUACAAAUUAGUUUAGCAACUUUUAUUUUUAAGGAAACUAAGCUAAAUAAAUAUUAUCACAAGUUCUUUAGCAUCUCAUGCGAUUCUUGCCGCAAACGUGAAAAACAUCCUCCAUCGUGAGCUAUUGUCAGUUUUUGGAGGAAAUCCCUUUUUCCCCUUUCUCCUUCCGAAACCGGGCUAAAACGAUAGACGCUUCUUGCUUAUCAGAAGCCGAGUUUCUACAUCUUGACACUCUAAAAUAUAGUACGAUUUUUCUCGUCGUUGUCGUAAAGAGAUGUUCUGCUUUUCACACGAACGGCCCAGUAUGUGAACGCAGCUUUAACGGCUGGUACAGUCAAGUGUUGAGUUUAAGGGGGUGUUGGUUUUACAUAUUGGUAGAAGUUCUGUUUCUUUAUUGCAAAAUACUGUGCCGUGAAAUGUGGAAAUUAUAUAGGAAUUUUUAAUAAGUAACUUCUCUAACGUGUUAAGCACUGGCUAACAUAGUAGAAGAACUAAUACUUUAGAAAAAUCAAGCUAUGCUUAUGUAGUACAUUAAAUAAUUCUCAUGCACAAUAUAUAUUAAUACUUUUAUCAAGGUAGUCAGACUUGUAUUUUCGCACACUGAAAACUACUGUGAAGAAUCCAAGAACUAUUUUGGUGCAGCUCACCACCCCAUUUUAUAUCCAUGUAUAAUGUAAACAUCAUCCUCAAUUAUGUAGCAAAUUGUAAAAAAUCAAAUCCUAUACUUACCUAUGUGGUGAAACUUUAUGUUUAGCGAUACGUAACCAGUCAUUUGGAAAAAAGCAAUGUUGUAGAAGUUCUUAUGGAUACCUUUACAGAAGAGAAACCUCAUGUGUGUGAGGAAUGUAAUCAAUCAUUCAGACAAAAGGAUAAUUUGACAAAGCAUAUGCUCAUUCACAUAGGAAAGAUACCUCAUGUGUGUGAAGUGUGUAAGAGACAAUUUAGCCAAAAGUAUAAAUUAAAACAGCAUAUGCUUAGUCAUACUGGUGAGAAACCUUAUGUGUGUGAAGUAUGCAAGAAGUCAUUUAGUCAGAAGAGUGGUUUAUACAUGCAUGUACUUCUUCACACAGGAGAGAAACCGUAUGUGUGUGAAGUAUGUAAGAAAUCAUUUAGUCGGAAGUCUGGUUUAUACACGCAUAUGCUUAUUCACACAGGAGAGAAACAUCAUAUGUGUGAAGUAUGUAAGAAGUCAUUUAUUGAAAAAAGUAAAUUAAUCAAUCAUAUGCUUGUUCACACAGGAGAAAAGCCUCAUGUGUGUGAAGUGUGUAGGAAGUCAUUUAUUCAGAAGGGUCAUUUAAGAGAUCAUAUGCGUGUACACACAGGAGAGAAACCUCAUGUGUGUGAAGUAUGUAAGAAAUCAUUUAAUCGAAAGGGUGGUUUAUACACGCAUAUGUUUAUUCACAAAGGAGAGAAACGUCAUGUAUGUGAAGUAUGUAAGAAGUCAUUUAUUGAAAAAAGUAAAUUAAAAAUUCAUAUGCUUAUUCACACAGGAGAGAAGCCUCAUGUGUGUGACAUAUGUAUGAAGUCAUUUAGGCAAAAGUCUGUUUUAAACCAGCAUAUGCUCAUUCACACAGGAGAAAAACCCCAUGUGUGUGAAAUAUGUAAGAAGUCAUUUAGUCAAAAGAGUAGUUUAAACAAGCAUCUGGUUAUUCAUAGUGGGGAUAAACUUUAUGUGUGUGAAGUAUGUAAGAAGUCAUUUAGUCAAAAGUGUAGUCUAAAAGCGCAUAGGCUUAUUCACACUGGGGAUAAACCAUAUGUGUGUGAAGUAUGCAAGAAAUCAUUUAUUCAAAAAAGUGGUUUAAAUACUCAUAUGCUGAUUCACACUAUGGAGAAACCUCAUGUGUGUAAAGUAUGUAAAGCAUUUAUGGAUAAAAAUAAUUUGAACAAUCAUAUGCUUAUUCAUACUCAAGAAAAACUUCAUAUGUGCGAAGUAUGUCUUAAGUCAUUUAGUCGAAAGACUAAUUUAAAUGAACAUAUGCUUAUUCACACAGGAGAGAAACCUCAUAUGUGCGAAGUAUGUAAGAUGUCAUUUAGUCGAAAACGUUAUUUAAAUGAGCACAUGCUAAUUCACAUGGGAGAGAAACCUCAUAUGUGUGAGGUAUGUAAGAAGUUAUUUAGACAGAAAAAUGCUUUAAAGAAACAUAUGCUUUUUCACGCAGGAGAGAAACCUCAUGCAUGUGAGGUAUGUAACAAGUCAUUUAGUCAAAAGGGCCAUUUAAUUGAACAUAUGCUUAUUCAUACAGGUGAAAAACCUCAUAUGUGUGAAGUGUGUAAGAAGUCAUUUAGUCGAAAGAGUAAUUUAAAUGAGCAUAUGCUGACUCACACAGGAGAAAAACUUCAUAAGUGUGAAGUGUGUAAGAAAUUAUUUAGUCGGAAGAGGAAUUUAAAUGAACAUAUGCUUAUUCACACAGGAGAGAAGCUUCAUGUUUGUGAAGUAUGUAAAAAGUCAUUUCGUCAGAGCUGUAAAUUAAACCAGCAUAUGCUCUAUCACAUGGAAGAGAAAUCUCAUGUUUGUGAAGUAUGUAAAAAAUCAUUUAGUCGAAAGGAUUAUUUAAAGAGGCAUAUGCAGAGUCACACAGCAGAAAAGCUUUCUGUGUAAGGUAUCUAAAAGGUCAUAUGUUCUAAAGGUGAUUUUAAAAUACAUAGGAGAAAAAUCUCCAGAGUUAUGUACUCGUAUGUAACAAGUCAUGUUAGAAAGAAUAAUUUAAAGAAAUGCGUAUCUACACAGUUAAGAAGUAUGUUUUUUUUUUUUUUUUUUUUUUUUUUCUCCAGGAGAUUGGAGAUUAGUAACAGCUUUUAGUUACAACUGCAGUAAAGACUUUUGUAAUGCAGGAAAACCUCAUUAUGUAAGGUCAAGACUGGUUCAAAUGCAAGUGGUAACAUAAUUCUUAGAAUUUAGAGAGGUACACUGUGUUGGAUUGGAUUUUGUGGAGAUUGUGCUAGAUGGCAUGAAGCCUACUGCCAAUGCUGUGUGAGGAGGGACAUGUUAUGAUCUGAUGUUCACCACGUGAUCUGAUGUUCACUUUAGCUGAACGGCACAUGUUUUCCCACAUGACACCGAGUCAAGAUUACAAGAAGAAAAGAAUGUUGCGGUACAGAUACGUUAUGCUAUUAACUCAUGGGAAUUAUAUAUGUUUAUUUUUUGUAUUAUAAUAAAGUGCCUAAUAUGCUAUAUGUAAAACCCUUCAUCACAUCAAGUCUGUGUUAAAUCUAUUCCGAACCCAAUUCACGAUGGAUAUAUCACAUUUAAGUAUAGCUGAGUUGACUUAGAGACUGGAAUUGGUUGCCUUAUGAAUGGAGCUGAUACCAAACAAAACUUAAAAACUUUUCAAUUAAGCCAGAGCUGUUGAAUAGUUAUACUUUUAAAGCUAAAGUAUACUAACUGGGUUUAGGACAUUCUAUAUGUGGCUAGGGAAUAAAACCCAAAAGUUUUUUUUUACUGAAUGCCUUAUAUUAAAAAUUAAAUGGAGGUUUAGUAGUUUGUUAGUUACUCUCUGAAUGGCUCCUAGUAAUUUUGAUCAAAGAAUGAAGCAUUGUUUUUUGACGUGGAGGAGGAAGAAAAUCUCGGCCAGGCCCGGUACAUCACAGAGGGGUGAAUUCUCACCAACAGGUUCCAUUGCCAAAUCUCUUGGCAAAUUUUCCCUCUUCUUUCUAGCCGCAUAGAAGACAAACUGGUUUACAUUACGUCUCUAUGGAGCCUUUCCUUCUUUACAUAGACAUUUUUUGCCUUGGACAUCAUUUGUAUUCACAGUACAAAUGAUUAGUUGUUUCCUGCUGUAUCAAAAGACCUGGGUUCGAAUUCCAAAGAAGUAUAGAUGUUUGUAAACAUAGAGUGUCCAUGUGGCAAGAGAGCACUCAGAAUACACGGUGAGGCAAAAUCCUCUGGAGAGGUUGUUGGCAAAAUAAGAGAGGUAGGAGACCCUCGAACUGCACCUUGGGGGUGUUUUACCUCGGAAUUUUGUCUGGUGUGGAAGCUUAGCAGGUACUAAGGCCCACCAAUACCUAAUAGUAUGACUAUUUGGAUUCACAGGUGCCAACCUUGCUUCAACUUGUACCUGUGUAUAUCUUUCUCCUCUCGAAAGAACUUUCUCCACCACAAAAUUUUAAUUGCCUCCUAUGACAAAAAUGCUUACAAACAUCCCUUCUUUCUCCAGGAUUUGUACUGAGGCCCAAGGCUAUGGAAGCCAGCUACCAUGCCAACAAGGCAGCAUUUGUCAUUUUAAUUCUUUAGUUAAAAUAAAAGGAAUUGUGAUGACUAUAACAUGGAAAUUAAUUUGUAUUUGUAAUAAAACAAAAGUUUAAUUAAUUAACAAAUUUUAAUUAUUUCAUUGUUAUUUUUGA